AUGGAUGAUAACGCUAUCAACGCGAUUAUUUUGAAUAAAAAGUAUCAACCGUUGCUGAGUAUACUCAAGGGUGCGCGUAAUGGAUUUGUAUAUGGCGCAAAGAUACGCUUUCCUCAUGCCCUAGUGAUGACAUUUCUAUUCAGUAAAGGCGACCUAAAGACUAAAUUAAUGAAUAUAUUUAAAGCAACAAAGCAACACUCAUUCAAUCUAGCCAAGUUCGUCGCUAUAUACAAAACUAUCUUGGUACUACAAAAGUACAUGAAUAAUGGUAAAUCACGUAAUCUGGACACAUUCUUCGCUGGUUUAGUAGGUGGAUACGCAGUAUUCUCUGACAGAAAUCCUGUGAAUGAACAAAUCAUACUUUACGUACUAUCAAGGGUAGUAGCAUCAUUUAUACCACGCCAACCAACGGAAUACACGAUAAACAACAAUAAACCACAUCCACCUAAUGAUAAAGCAUUCGCAAUCGUCGCUACACUCGUCUGGGCUUCGGUUAUGUACAUUUUCGAUAAGCGGAAGUUCACACUACAAUCCGGUUUAGUAAAUUCUAUGGAAUACCUUUACAUAGAUUCCAAUCAUUGGAAUUCAUUAAAGACACUUUUAUGGCAUAAUAAUUAA